CAAUCUAAUCAAAUAAUUCGGAUAAGGAUUGUCGCUUGGAGUAACUAAAAACAAAUACAGCGAAAACUCGAUAAAUGUCCUCGAGAGCUGUUCGUGGGGGAGAUUUUUCUAAUUAAAAUGAGACUAAACACGAUAUAAAUCGGUCAAUAUUUGGUAGCGUAAUAUUGAAUUAAAUAUCGUACUCGAGAGUCUUUCUCUCUUUGUUUAUCCUUCUUGCGAUGUCUUUUUUUAUCUUUGGAAACAUCAAAGAACGACGGAUCGAGGUGCUGGGUACAUUUAUCGAAUAGGAGUAGGAUUAGAUACGUUAGAAGCCAUUGGUAAGAAAACAAUGGAAGUUUUACAAGAAGGUGAUCCAGGUUUAAAAAAGAAAAGGGCCUUUUUCAUGAACGAAGCAGAAAAACCAAUUCUAUCGCAAGUUCUUCGAGAAGCUAAAGAUAAAGCAGAGACCAUUGAAAAAACGAUAGAAGAAAAGCAAAACAUGAGAGAAAUACACUUCGAAAGCCUUUUCGAUGAUUAUCAAGGUCUCGUUCACUUGGAAGCAUUAGAAAUGUUAUUGAAACAAAGUAAUAUUAAAAUACAACAGUAUUUGAACAGUUUAAAUGUGACUGAAUUAAAUUCUGUUCAAGAAACAUUAGCGGAAGUUAAAGAACUAUGCGAAUUAGAUGACAGCGAUGAGAAAGAGGAUAGAGUGGACGAUUUAAAAUUAAGACUACGAGAAGCUUGUACUGAUCUUGGAAUUAAUAUUACAUACGAAAAGUUGUAUAAUGAGAGUGAUUAUAAAGUAAUAGAUCGUCAAAUUGAUGUUACGUUAAAGAAAAACUGUCCUGCUUGGUGGCCACGGUUGAUCAGUCAACCACAGAAGCCGUCAUGGUUGAAAAUCGACUUUACUAAAUGGACGAGUCAAGAUUUUGAAGAUAACGAUGACGAGAAACGCGAUAUAUGCAAUGAUUAUCCUGGCACGUACGACAAACUCCAUCAAGAAGAAUUUGGUUAUAAAAAAGAAGAUUUCAAGAAGGUAUAUUUAAUUAUUUAUAAUCUCUGUCAAUUUGUUGGCUUUCUUUACAUUCUGACCAUAAUGGGAAUAAUGUAUUCACGAGAUGGACCAGUAUCUAUGAAGGAAACGUAUAUGGCUGUUGGAAAUCCUAUAAAAUUUAUACAACUUCUACAAUUUUUAGAAGUGAUGCAUGCGUUAUUUGGUUAUACCAAAGGCAGUGCGUUGAUGUCAUUCGUACAAGUAGGAGGUAGAGCAUUUAUAUUAUUCAGUAUGAUCGAAGCUGAACCACGUAUGCAAACUAAACCUGUAGUUUUCUAUUUGUUUCUCGUUUGGAGUACGGUCGAAAUAGUUAGAUAUCCAUAUUACAUAAUGCAAUUAUUAAACAUAGAAAUUUCAUUUUUAACGUGGCUAAGAUACACGAUAUGGAUGCCCCUAUAUCCACUAGGGUUCCUUUGCGAAGGAAUUAUAAUAUUAAGGAAUAUCCCAUACUUUGAAGAAACGCUCAAAUUUAGUCUUUCUUUACCAAAUUCAUGGAAUCUUUCGUUCCAUUUUCCAUCAUUUCUAAAAAUAUACUUGCUCGUAUUUUGUUUGCCUCUUAUGUAUAUGUUAAUGACCCGUAUGAAUAAGGUGCGUUAUACAAAAUUAGGUAUGUCUAAAUUAAAGAGAUACGCAUGAAUUUAAUGAAUAAGUUACGGUUAAGGAAUUAGAAACUUAAGAGAUUAUAUGAUAAUUCGGAGAUGAAUCACGAUGAUACAACUAUAUAAUAAAUCACUAUCGUAUAUGUAUUGUCACGUUACAU